UGACGCAAUUACGCUGCGACGAUCUUGUUGCGACGGUUUUACUGCGCGCCUGGCGGGAAAGUGUCUCCUGGAAAAGAACUUGAGGGGAACAAGCAUUAUCAGCUCGCGUUUGGCUACGCCUGGGCGAAAAACAGCUGCUCUUCCUAGGCGCCCUGAAGCAACAACAAGGGUGUGCGCGCUUGGCAACUUAGAGAUUUCGGGCAACACACUGUUUGGAAAGCUCUGCUCUAAAGGCACCAGAUCCCACCUGACCUUGAAAACUAAGCAGGGCCAACCCCGGUUAUUACUUCAUAUGCAUCCAGAUGAAUUUGUUGAUGGGUUCUCCGCCAAAUAAACUUCCUCAUUGGAUGACUGAAGAGGAAAAAGUGGAUUCUGUUGCUGGCAAAAAGCAGAAGAAUUCAGCCCAUCGGAGUGUCCUGGAGCAAAACCUUCCAUUCUUAGAGUUCCCUGGCUCUGUCGUUUAUAGCUAUAAUGCUAGUGAUUGCUCCCUACUUGCUGAAGAUAUUAUUUCAAUGUUGCCUGAUGGAGCUGUGCUAGGAUUUGACAUUGAAUGGACGCCAGUCUAUACUAAAGGAAAGGAAGGAAAGGUUGCCUUAAUCCAGCUGUGCGACUCAGAAGAGAAGUGCUACCUGUUUCAUAUUUCUUCCAUGUCAAGUUUUCCAGGGGGAUUGAAAAGGUUGCUUGAAGAUAACAAUAUCAAAAAAGCUGGGGUUGGUAUUGAAGGGGAUAAAUGGAAACUGAUGCGUGAUUUUGCCGUGAGAUUGGGAGAUCUUGUGGACCUGGCUGACCUUGCCAAUGAAAAGCUAAAGUGUAAGGAGCUCUGGAGUCUGAAUGACCUUGUAAAGCAUCUAUUCCACAAACAGCUUCUGAAAGAAAAAUUGGUCCGCUGUGGAAAUUGGGAAGAGUUUCCACUUACUGAAGAGCAAAAGCUAUAUGCAGCCACGGAUGCUUAUGCAGGCUUCCUCAUUUAUAAAAAGCUGAUGACUAUGAGUAGUGAUAAGAAGUUACAAAUUAGCAUAGGAAAAGAUGGAAUAUUAUUGUCAAGUGAAAUAAAAAAGGAAUUGGCAACGAUGUCAGAGGAGAUGAUAGAUUUGGCUGAUCACCUGCCUUGCACUUUUGAUAAAUCUAUAAAUAUUCAAAGAAUUUCAGAAAUAUUGGCUGGUCUGUCAGAAAACAUCAAGGUCUUAAGAAGAGUAUUGUUUGUUGACUCUACCUGCCAGAUGGAGUUGGGAGAUGCUGAAAAUUCAGGAAAAAUGACUAGAAAUAAAGAGGAAUUAGAAACAUCUGAAUUGCCCUCUAAGCUCAUAUCGGAGUCAAAUGACCAUGUAGAUCAUCAUGUUCAUUUCCAAAAUGACAUCCUUGAAGAGAAUGAAGAAGAACUGAAUAAGAAAAAACAAGCAGAAGAUGUUUCAAAUGAAAGGACUAAAGCCUCUGCAGAGCAUGGAUACUUAAUGUCACUAGACAUAACAGAAUAUGAACUUCAGAUGUUGGAACGUCAGGCUGAGGAAGAGCUGCUGAAUGAGGCUGCUUGUAAAUCUGAGGAUUCAAGCUUCACAGAGAAUGAAGAGAAGUCCCUUUGCCUCAUUGAAAGCGAUGAUGAACUUGAAAUGGAGAUGGUUAAAUCCUUAGAAAACAUAGACAAGCAUGACAUGGAUGUUGCAGAUUCCCAUUUGGAUAAAUUUAAAAAGGAAAAUGACAUGGUUGUAGAUGAUGAAGACGAUGAAGAUGACGGAAUUGAGGAGGAAGAAGAAAGUUGGGAUUCCAGCUUACCUGGUCCCAACUCCAAACAAACUACUUGCUUAAAGAUGUAUUUUGGACACUCAAGCUUUAAGCCGGUCCAAUGGAAAGUGAUCUCUUCAGUUUUGCAAGACAGAAGAGAUAAUCUUGUUGUUAUGGCAACUGGAUACGGGAAAAGUUUGUGUUUCCAGUUCCCACCUGUAUACACUGGGGGUACUGGGAUAGUGAUUUCUCCCCUUAUUUCCUUGAUGGAGGACCAAGUACUACAACUCGAGAUGUCAGGAAUUCAGGCUUGCUUACUUGGGUCAGCACAAUCAAAAAACCUCAGAGGGGAUAUCAAAGCGGGUCACUAUAGAGUUGUCUACAUAACCCCAGAAUUCUGUUCGGGGAAUUUGCCAUGGCUUGAGGAACUUGACCGAACAAUUGGUAUCACGUUGAUAGCUAUUGAUGAAGCUCACUGCAUUUCUGAAUGGGGGCAUGAUUUCAGGAAUUCUUUCAGAUGUUUGGGAUCAUUGAAGAAAACCCUUCCCAAGGUUCCUAUUAUGGCCUUGACCGCAACAGCAAGUCCCUCCAUCAGAAACGACAUCGUAGACUGUCUGAACCUAAAAAAUCCUCAGAUCACAUGUACUAGUUUUGACCGGCCUAAUCUGUACUUGGAAGUUGGACGAAAAACUGGAAAUAUUAUCCGAGACUUAAAGCAGUUCCUUAUUAAAAAAGACACAUCUAGCUAUGAAUUUGAAGGCCCCACUAUUGUGUAUUGCCCAUCCAGGAAGAUCACUGAACAAGUAUCUGCAGAACUGAUGAAAUUAAACCUUGCUUGUGGAACAUACCAUGCUGGCAUGGGAAUCAAGGAAAGGCGAAACAUUCAUCAUAGGUUCAUGAGAGAUGAAAUUCAGUGUAUUGUAGCUACUGUAGCCUUUGGAAUGGGCAUCAAUAAAGCAGAUAUUCGAACAGUUAUUCAUUAUGGAGCUCCAAAGGAAAUGGAAUCAUACUAUCAGGAAAUUGGAAGGGCUGGCCGCGAUGGACUUCCUGCCUCUUGCCAUGUGUUAUGGACCCCAGCUGAUCUCAGUUUCAAUAGACACCUGCUUAGUGUGAUACGUAGUGAGAGAUUUCGCCUGUACAAACUGAAGAUGAUGGCAAAGAUUGAGAAAUACCUCAACUUGAAUAGCUGUAGGCGAAAAAUCAUUUUGUCUCAUUUUGAAGACAAACAACUCCGAAAGGCCUCAUCCGGCAUCAUGGGAACAGAAAAAUGUUGUGAUAAUUGCAGAUCCAGACAUAGUCAGAGUAUUUGUACAGUUGAAAAAGAAGACUGCUCUGAAGAUUUUGGUCAGCAAGCAUACAAAUUGAUGUCUGCAGUAUGUGUCUUAAAUGAAAGAUUCGGCAUGGGUGUUCCAGUAUUGUUUCUCAGGGGUUCUAAUUCUCAACGUAUCCCAGAUAGAUACCGAACUCACGCACUCUUUGGCAGCGGUAAGGACUGGCCAGAGCACCUGUGGAAGGCAUUGGGCCGUUCUCUUGUCUUGGAGGGCUUUCUUACAGAGGUUUCUGGUAGAAAUAAAUUUUCAACAAUAUGCACACUUACUGCAAAGGGGAAAGGCUGGCUUUGUAGAGCUAAAGAAAAUUCAAGCCCCAAACUUCUGCUUCCAUCGAAUGAGGACUUGUAUUUAAAGACACCAAGUUAUAAGCAAACAUCUUCAGACAAGGGAAGUUUCUAUAAUGCAGAGUUACCAAAGCCAGUGCCAGAAACAAAGAAGACGUCUUUGCAUGAAAUGUUUUCAUAUCGAGGAGCAAGUAAUACUGCCAGAGGAAGUACCCUCUCAAGUAAAAGCAAUGCCACAGUGCAGUUGCCAUUGCCUCUUGCACCAGCAAGCCCUACAAUACCUGAAGUAUCUCAAAGAGAGAAGGAAUUGCAGACAACGCUGUAUGGGAAAUUAGUGGCAGCCAGGCAGAAACUAGCCAAUGAAAAGGACAUUCCUCCAGCUGUACUAGCAACAAAUAAAGUUCUAGUUGAUAUGACCAUGAGAAGGCCUACAACAGUAGAAUCUAUAAAAAGAAUUGAUGGUGUUUCUGAAGCAAAAGCUGCCAUGUUGGAGCCUCUUCUUAUAACAAUCAAGGAGUUCUCUCAAACAAAUAACUUACAGACAGACAUCUUCAAGACUUCUGGAUCCAGAGAUCAGCCAAAUAUAAUCCUUCAGAAAAGAAGUGGAUGCGGUACUUUGACAGAAUCAGAACGUGUAACUUACACACUGUUUCAAGAAAAAAAUAUGUCCUUGAGAGGUGUAUGUGAGAGUCGAUCUUUACCUCUUACAGUGGUUGGCACACAUUUAUCCCAGGCCUUGAAAGCUGACUAUCCAGUUGAUUUAGAACGUGCCGGUUUGAAUCCUGAGCUACAAGAGAUGAUUACUAAAAUCAUCCAAAACCCUCCCAUCAACUCAGAUGUGACACAAAUGAAAGCCAUUCGAACACUAGUCCCGGCACAUGUUGAAAUGUACCUUAUAAGAAUGACAGUGGUGCUGUUGGAGAAGCAAUGUAGAAAUCAGCCGCUGAACCAGCAGAACGAUCCAGAGAGCCAAAUGUCACCUCAAGACUUUGGGUGUCUACAGUCAAGUGCAGGAUCCUCACAAAAGAAGGAGGAGAAAAUUCUGUGGAUUGAAGCUAAGGCCAAAGGCAGUGGUGAACAGGGGUCCCUUGGCACCAAACAGGAUGCCCACAGAUCUCAGGGUUCCAUCAAACUGGCCUCAUGGAAUCAGCCAUCUCUCAGCGCUGAAGAAGAAGAUCUCUUUACUGAUUCCCAGACACAGACAUUAAAUCAGCCUUCAAAGAGGAAGUUACCAGAGUGGUUUGGAACUUCUAAGGGAUCUGUUACAGGUGUUACUACAUCAAAGAAAUCCAAGGGAGGAGGAAGCAAAGGUCUUUUUGGUUGAACUUCUAAAUAACACACUGAUACAGAAUACUUGUCUUGAACAUUUGUAUUUCAGUCAUUCACUUAAUUAAGUCUACGUUCAUUCCUCUUUCAAAAUUGUUUCCACAAAUGUAGUAUAAAAGCCUGAGCCCAUGACGGAAAACAGGAGAAGAAAAAGACGCAACCAAUUGUGGCAAACAAUACAAUGCAUACAAUGCUUAUUACUUUAAAUGUAUGAAAUGAAUUUUGAUGUGUUGAAUGGUUUCUGUCUACCAACAUAUGAGAAAGAACAUUGUUUGAAUACAUACAUUCCUUGCCUUCAUGAAUGGGAAGCUAUGGAAGAAUGACAGUAAUAUGAAGCGGAAAAUCCCACUUCUUUGAUAUAUGUUCCUUUUUAUUUUAAAGGAAAGUAUUUGUAUAGAAAGUAGUCCACAGCAAAAUUUUGUGGCAUAUAUGUAACUAAAGCAUUAUUCCAUUUAUUUUUAAAAUUGUUAACUAAUUGUUUUUUUUUUUCAAUUACUGGUUGGAAGUUUCUUAUAAGAAAUAAAAUGUGUUAAAUAAUA